AUGGCCGCCAUCUCCCCUUCGGCCCGGCAAGAUAAUGCACCGUGGAGGAAAAACCUCUCAGCACAUGUCAUUUGUCCUGAGUGUAAAGAGGUCCCGCCAAAUCUGGAAUUUCCAGGCUCCCACGAGACAGUCUGCGGCUCCUGCGGUCUAGUUCUUGCAGAUCGCGAAAUCGAUAUGCACUCAGAGUGGCGAACUUUCUCCAACGAUGAUCAGAACAACGAUGAUCCUUCCCGUGUUGGAGACGCCAUGAACCCGUUGUUGAAUGGCGAUCAACUUGAGACCCAAAUCGCCAGUGGCGGUUCUGGCCGAGCCCGUGAUCUUUACCGUGCGCAAAACAAACAAUCCAGCGAGAAGGCAAACAAGUCUCUUCUUGCUGCUUAUAAGGAGAUUGGUGCCCUUUGUGAUGGAUUCGGAAUUCAGAAGAAUGUGGCCGACACUGCAAAAUAUCUUUUCAAGAUAGUCGACGACGCAAAGGCUUUCAAGGGCAAGUCUCAGGAUGUAAUUAUUGCCGGGUGUAUUUUCAUCGCUUGCCGCCAAUGCAAAGUUCCACGUACUUUCACCGAGAUCUUUGCUGUCACCAAAGUCACAAGAAAGGAAAUUGGGCGCAUUUACAAGGCUCUAGAGAAGUUUUUCACCGCUCAGAACCUGGAACGUGUCAAUGCAGUCGUCUCAAGCGGCGGUGUUCCAGAUCCCAAUGACACGUACACGGCAACAACUUCAACAAAGCCCAGCGACCUGUGCAAUCGUUUCUGCAAUCUGCUCGACCUACCGUAUCAAGUUACAAGCGUCUCAGUGGCACUAUCGGACCGUGUCACCACAGAGGGCAAUCUUGCUGGACGAUCUCCUCUUUCGAUCGUUGCUGCAUGCAUCUAUAUGGCAUCGUAUCUGAUGGGUCAUCCCAAGUCGGCAAAGGAAAUCUCCCAAGUCGCCCAUGUGAGUGACGGUACCAUUCGAGGCGCCUACAAGCAACUUUAUGGUGACAGGGAGCGCUUGGUUGAUCAAGAGUGGAUUAAAGAUGGGAAGGGCGACCUGAAAAACUUGCCCCCCAGUUAG